AUGACUUGUUCUUCUUUGUCUUCUUACAUUCAUGUGUGCGGGAGGAGAAAUCCAAAACUCGGGGAGUGCAUAACGGAGAGUGUGAUAGCUCUGAAUGAACAGCUUCGCGUUGGCAUACCAGAGCUGGACAUCCCACCAGUGGAACCGUUGUUCAUCGACACGGUAGAGCUCGCUAAUAUACAAAAUUUUAAGGCCAUUGGUAGAAACAUCACACUGUUCGGUCUCGCGAAACAUAUAAUACACUCCGUCGACAUUAAGUUCACCGAUGACGGAGGUACAGUGUACAUCGAUUGCGAGUUCCCUGAUGUCAGGUUGAAGGCGCUUUACGACGUCGAGGCGAGGAUCUUGGUGCCCAUAAAGGGCAAGGGACCCAUCACCAUUAAUACAAAGAACGUGAAAGCGAACGUGAAAUUGAAUUUUAAAAUAGUGAAACGCGGAGGCGUUGAUCACAUUUAUUUCUCGUCGAUGACGACGAUGCUGACCAUCAAGGAGUUCGAUGUUGAUUUCGUCGCUGAGAAUUUCGACAAGAUCCUGCAGGACGCCGUGACUCAAGCUCUGAGCAGCACCCAUCAGGAAGUGUUGGAUGUCACCAAGCCGAAUCUCGAAAAGGCCAUCUCCGAGAGGAUCCUUAAAAUUGGCAACCAGAUGUGCAAACAUUUCACUUACGACGAACUACUUCCCGACAGGGAAUAGAACUCCUUAAGCAAUUUGUUGACCUUCGUUAAUUAUACUUGGACCGAGAUCGUUCUGAAAUAUGUAAAUAUAGAUUGUACAUCGCGACAAAAUUUUGUUACACCGUAUCGUAUUUUUUAUUUACCUUUUUGUUAAUGUUGACUGUAAUAAAAUUUAUAACACGAGGAGAUUAAAGGGUUUGUUAAGAAA